GUCGUUGCAGUUUGUAUUCGCACCAAAUAGUUGGUUGACAUUUUAAAGCUAUUUGCCGUGGAUAGUACGCUUGCAACGACCAUGGCUCAAAACCAGGUGCUACUGGAGACCUUUCAUGGCCAGGCCAAUAAUGCCAACAAUAUUGAAGCAACCAAAUCGGCAAUCACUAAAAUGCUGGUACGCACCGAAAGAUUCCAGACGCGCGUACGGAAGCACAUAGACGAGAACUAUACCGAAUUUAUGCCCAAUCACACAUCACCGGACAUCUUUCUGGAGAAGUCAAGCACUCUGGGCGAAGAGAUCAACGAAUUGCUUGCCUCCGUUGGCGAAGAGGGACUGGCCGCCUUGAACGACGCGAGCGCUGAGCUGGCCAACAGCAGCCGGGAUUUGCGUGAAAUGAUGCUGGGCCUACGCGUUAGCGAGCAUAUACUCAAGCUAGACGAUUUGUUUCAGUGCGUCGAGGACGCCAAGGGCAACAAGGAUUGCCUGGUGCUGCUCGAUUUGAUGGGCAAGCUGCGCAGCCUAAUCUAUGGCGAGGGUGCAACGGAUGUCAUACCGCCCGAUGUGGAGCGCAUCUUUCACUCCCUGGAAUGCUACGAAUCCAUCAAGGUGAAGUAUCACGUGCAGGCCCAUCUGUUGCAACAGAAUCUGCAGGAGCGUUUCGAUCGUCUGGUACAAUUGAAUUGCAAAUCGUUUCCGACAUCGAAGUGCGUAACGCUGCUGCUCAGCAAGGAUGAGGCACAGCUGCAGGAUAUUGUGAUGGCGUUGUUCCAGGAACGCUAUAAUCCCUCCAAGCUGUGCACCUUUCUGCUGGAUCACUGUAUCGAGCCACUCAUUCAAAAGCCGGUGUCCGUCGAGUACAACGAUAUGGCCAAGGAUGGCAGCCACAUCCAGCUAACGCUUUCCUAUUCGAUCAAGGAGCAGGAGACAUCUCCAUUGCUGCGUCCCAACUAUAAGGAUGUCUUCGAACACUUCCGCCUGCUGCUGCAGACCCUGGCCAGCAUUAAUGUCAGCCUCAAUGGCACCCAGCAUGUCUUUAGCAUUAUUGGAGAUCAUGUCAAGGAUCGCAUGCUACGGCUGCUAGUCGACGAGUGCCUAAUACCAGCUGUGCCUGAGACCAUGGACGAGUAUAAUAACUCAACGCUGUGCGUGGAUGUCGCCCAAUUCGAACAGCAAUUGGCCGAUACGUUUCUCAUCAAUCCCGAGCAAGAUACCGCCCUCAGCGAGUUCACCAAACAGUUUGACACAUAUUAUCGCAAUAGGCUGUCCGCCCGUGUCCUUGCCACAGCACGCGAGAUUAUACAACGUGAUUUGCAGGACAUGACGCUGGUGGCCCCAAACAAUCUGUCCUCCAAUGUGGCCAGCGAUCCGUUUCUAUUCCCACGCUGCAUGAUCUCCAAGAGCGCACAGGAGUUUGUCAAGCUUAUGGAUCGUGUGCUGCGACAGCCGACAGAUAAGGUUGCUGAGGAUGCGCCCGAUCCGUUGGGCGGCGUCGUCGGCCUGCUGCUGGAGACGUACAUUGAUGAGGUGCCCAAGGUGCACAAGAAGCUGCUGCAGAGCAUACCGCAGCAAUCGGCGCUGUUCCACAACAAUUGCAUGUACCUAACCCAUUGGGUGGCACAGCAUGCUAACAAGGGCAUCGAUAGCUUCCCAUCGCUGGUCAAAAUGCUGCAGGCGACGGGUACCAAACAUUUGCGCGUCCAGGUCAACUAUCAGGAGUCCAUACUGAUGGACAUAAUGAGCGGGUUUGAGUUCGAGAGUCCGCAUACGCUGGGCACGGCUCCGCUGCGGCUGGUGCGUCAGUGCCUGCGCCAGCUGGAGCUGCUGAAGAAUGUGUGGCAACAGGUGCUGCCGGAGAAUGUAUACAAUAGCAGCUUCUGUGAGCUGUUGCAUGCCUUUACCAAUGAGCUGGUGCGGCGCGUUUUCAAGCUGCGCGACAUUUCGGCCACCAUGGCCAGCGAGCUGAGCGACCUAAUCGAUGUGGUGCUGGAGAAGGCGCCGCUACUCUUCCAGGACAAGCAUGAGGUGGUGCAUGUGCGCUCCUGGCUCAAACUGCAACAGCUCAAGAUCAUGAUGAAUGCCUCGCUCAAGGAGUUCACCGAGCUGUGGUGCGAUGGCGCCGGUCCGCUAACCGCCAACUAUCAGGCCAGCGAAAUAAAGCAUCUGAUACGUGCGCUCUUCCAGGACACGGAUCGACGCGCCAAGGCUAUCACGCAGAUCGUUUAACAGCCGCAAUCAAUAUCAUUAUCAAUAGUGUGUUAAUUUUAAUGCAAAUACAUUUGAAUCAAGCGUA